AUGUUCAUUCUGACCAAAAUUGCGGACCUGGUCGAAAUCGCACCAGAGGACUUCCGCAAGAAGAGCAAAGCCGCCAUUGAGGACAACAUCAAUGCCAAGUACGCCAACAAGGUCAUACAGAAGAUUGGACUUUGCAUUUGCCUGUACGAUCUUUUAUGGACCUCUGAAGGUCUCAUCGGCCAUGGUACUGGCCUCGUCAAUGUCAAUGUGGAGUUCAGGCUCAUCGUCUUCAGGCCUUUCAAGGGCGAGGUUAUGAUUGGUAGAAUCAGAAGUUCCACGCCAGCCGGCAUUAACUUGAGAACCGACUUCUUCGAUGACAUCUUCAUCCCCUUCGAUGAGCUUCCCGAGGGUGCCGAGUUCAACCAUUCAGAACAGCUUUGGAUCUGGAACAUUGAAGACGACAGACUCUUCUACGAUAAUCACGAAAUGGUGAGGUUUCAGGUCAUUGAUGAGGAAUGGCAUGAUCAGACGCCCGCGGGACCGAGCCAGGGUGAGGAGGUCGCUCCGCCGAAGCCGCCCUACAAGGUGAAGGGCACAAUGGCCAUGGAGGGACUUGGGGUAUGCCUUUGGUGGGACGGACAGGGCGGCGAGUAG